AUGGGUCCAGUCAUGCCUCCCAGUAAGAAGCCAGAGGGCUCAGGAAUUAGCGUUCCCAGCGGAUUGAGCCAACGUUACCAAGAAAGUGGUUUAUCAAAGGCACUUCAUGAUGACGAGGACCUAGACUUCUCUUUGCCCGCCAUCAGAUUAGAUAAAGGGGCCAUGGAGGAUGAAGAACUGACUAAUUUGAACUGGUUACAUGAGAGCAAGAACUUGCUGAAAAGCUUUGGGGACUCGGUGUUAAGGAGUGUUAGCCCCGUUCAGGACAUCGGUGAUGACACGCCGCCGUCUCCUGCCCACUCUGAUAUGCCCUACGAUGCCAAGCAGAACCCCAACUGCAAACCUCCUUAUUCCUUUAGCUGCCUCAUAUUUAUGGCCAUUGAGGACUCGCCAACCAAAAGACUGCCUGUAAAGGAUAUAUACAACUGGAUCUUGGAACACUUUCCAUAUUUUGCAAAUGCACCCACUGGAUGGAAAAAUUCUGUGAGACAUAAUCUAUCCUUGAAUAAGUGUUUCAAGAAAGUGGACAAAGACAGAAGUCAGAGUAUUGGAAAGGGGUCCUUGUGGUGUAUAGACCCAGAAUAUAGACAAAAUCUUAUUCAGGCUUUGAAAAAGACACCCUAUCACCCAUAUUCGCAUGUGUUCAAUACACCUCCCACAUCUCCUCAGGCAUAUCAAAGCACAUCAGGUCCACCCAUUUGGCCAGGAAGCACCUUUUUCAAGAGAAAUGGAGCCCUUCUACAAGAUCCUGACAUUGAUGCUGCCACUGCCAUGAUGCUUUUGAAUACUCCCCCUGAGAUACAAGCAGGUUUUCCUCCAGGAGUGAUACAAAAUGGAGCUCGAGUUCUGAGUAGAGGAAUAUUCCCUGGAGCCAGGCCAUUGCCAAUCAACCCUAUAGGAAGCAUGGCUGUUGCAGUAAGGAAUGGAAUAACAAACUGCCGGAUGCGGACGGAAAGCGAGCAGUCCUGUGGCUCUCCAGUUGUCAGCGGUGACCCGAAGGAGGACCACAACUACAGCAGUGCCAAAUCUUCCAACCACAGGAGCACAUCACCUGCCAGUGACUCCAUUUCCUCUUCCUCUGCUGAUGACCAGUAUGAGUUUGCAACUAAAGGUAGCCAAGACAGCAGUGAAGGAAGUGAAGUGAGCUUCCAGAGCCACGAGAGCCAUAGUGAAACAGAAGAGGAGGACAAAAAGCAAAGUCGGAAGGAGACCAAGGAUCCUUUAGCGGACAGUGGGUACGCGUGUCAGCACAAGAAAAGGCAACAUUUAAUGAAGGCGAGAAAAGUACCGAGUGACACACUGCCUCUUAAAAAGAGACGUACAGAAAAGCCCCCUGAGAGUGAUGAUGAGGAGAUGAAAGAAGCAGCAGGAUCGCUCCUACAUUUAGCAGGAAUUCGAUCCUGUUUGAACAACAUCACCAAUCGGACGGCAAAGGGGCAGAAAGAUCAAAAGGAAACCACAAAAAAUUAG